AUGGCAAAGAAAUACAACAUUAUGUUCAUUUUGCUGAUUAUGUUACCAUGGCUGCUCCUCAUCAGUGUUUGGCACCAGACCAAUAUCACAUCUGUCAUUUUUUCUCAAAAAGGUAAAACAGAGGGACAUGAGGGCGAAGUAGAAGGGCCAACCACCUCCACCCCAAACACCUUAAUGGCUCGCAAAGACUAUGUUUACAGCCGGCCCCCGCCCUGGUCCAAAACCCUUCCUACUCUCCACAUCAUCACUCCUACUUACAGCCGCACAGUGCAGAAGGCUGACCUGACUCGUCUGGCCAACACUCUCCUUCAUGUCCCCAACCUGCACUGGAUCGUGGUGGAGGACUCCAAGAAUAGGACUGCUCUAGUUAGCCGCUUCCUUCAGGAAACAGGGCUUAAAUACACACACCUCAAUGUAGAGACCCCUUCAAACUUUAAACCCAAAGGGGAGACUAAAAGUCGCAAAAUACCACGUGGUACGUUGCAGAGGAACCUGGCCCUGCAGUGGCUUAGAGAGACCUAUUCUGUAAACUUCAGCCAGCCUGGAGUCGUUUACUUUGCUGAUGAUGACAACACAUACAGUCUGCAACUGUUUGAAGAGAUGAGGUACACGAAGAAGGUGUCUGUGUGGCCCGUGGCAUUUGUGGCGGGCAUACGAUACGAAACACCCAAAAUAAAUGCCCUAGGCAAGGUGUAUGGUUUUAAAACUAAAUUUGACCCAACCCGACCUUUUGCCAUAGACAUGGCUGGGUUUGCAGUGAACCUUAGCCUGAUUCUGUCCAAACCUCAGGCUAACUUCCAGCUGCAAGGGGUGAAAGCAGGAUAUCAGGAGAGCAGCUUACUGAAGGAACUGGUGACUCUCAGUGAAUUGGAGCCUAAAGCUUCAAACUGCACUAAGGUAUUAGUAUGGCACACACGGACUGAGAAGCCUACACUGGUACGUGAGGGCAAGAAAGGAUUUACAGACUCAAAUGUGGAAAUAUGA